AUGUCGGAAGUUCUGAAUGUUAAUAUCAAUGAAGAUCCCCGACUAUUAUUUGAAAAAUAUGAUGUAGCUACCAUUAAAAAGAUUAAAGAAUCUGCACAAACUGAAAUUGAACACAAGCAAAAUGUUUUAAGGCAAUUUAUUGGAGAUAAUUAUAAACCAGUUUUAGAAACUCCUCCUGUACUUAAAGAUAUACAAGUAAUUUUUGAAGAUACCAGGCAAACAUUAUCUAAAAUUACAGAAUAUUCAAAAAACUUCAAUUCAGAUGGUGAAAUUCAGGAAAAACAACCAGCUUCUCCUUAUUCAGAAGUAUCACAAUUGUAUAUGAGCGCUCUUUAUUGCUUAGACAAUAAUAAAUUUAUCGAAUCUUUACAAAAUUCUGAAUUAGCAAAAGAAAAAUUAAAAUUAAUUGGUAAAAACUCAAUUAUAGCAAUUUCAUUAAGUGUUGCAAUUGAUUCUCUACCAAGUCGUAUUCUUACAACAAUCAAAAACUACUUAGAAGAUCCAAAUACAACUUUAUCUUCUCCAAUUCUUUCAGAUUGCUAUACAACCCUCAUGAAAUUCAAUAAAGUUCAGCGUUUGAAAUCAUCAAAUCCUUUCGAAUUCAUUAAAGAAGCGUUGAUACAAAGAAUUAAAAAAUUAUUCGAAAAAAUUGGACAAAUUAAUGACAUUUGUCAAAAGUUUUUACUCGUUUUAGAAUCAUCGAUUGCAUUUCUUAGUACUAUUCAUGAAGAUUCCACUGAUUUCAUUGAUACAAUCACAAAUUCAUUCAGUAACUCGGAUACAUCUCAUCUAGCCAAUAUCGAAUUACGAGAUUUAUUCAGACACGCCAAAUCAAUCCAAGAUUUAGCAAAUUCAAGCAUAAAUUCUCCAAAUAUUAUUUCAUUUUUGAAUGAAACCGCAAUUUCACCAGAUUUCUGGAAAUCAGCCUUCCUCCCUGUAUUUAAGACGUUUUUAUUCUAUAAUGUCUAUAAUGAAAAAUUUUCAUACUUAAUUUUUUGA